AUUUCCAAAAUUCCAGAGGUGCGUAAACGGCGUUUACGUGCGUUUACCCUCCACUACGGCCCUGGUCAUCAGGUCCGUUCUUCUGUACCCGUGAGUCUACUCUCCCGUAUCCGUUCUCCGGAGAGCGCAAGUCCGUUCCCGCAGUCUUGAGAAGGGGCCUCAGUUUGCGCACCUCGCGCCCAUUGUCACUUCCGGCCCCCGGAGUGUCUCGUGACCGACGCUGGCCAAUCACAGCUCGGCAGUACAGAGGCGACAACACACAACACAAACGCAUUAGACCGGAGCUGAAUUCAUGCAUGAUGCGUUUCGACCUACAUUUAGUGUGCGACUGAACCACGCGGAACCGAGUCCAGUCCAGUCCAGUCGGGCGCCACACGGCCGCUACCGCAGCCGGGACGUCAACGGUCCUUCAGCCGCCGCUAGUCCUCCGCGUCCGUCCGAAGACAGCGAUGGACGCGCUAACAUGCUAGCGGGCUAGCGCCAUGUUCAAGAAUGUGUUCGGCUCAGGCUUCCUGGUUCGGACCGCUCAUGUGAUUCUGACCUGGGUCAUAACGUUGAUACUCUUCCUCCAUGACACAGAGCUCAGGAAGCAGGAGGAGUCCGGACAGCUCGUCCAGCCGGUGCUCUUCGUCCUGCUGGUGCUGCUCUCCGUGUUGCUCUAUUUCGCCGUUUCUCUGAUGGACCCGGGCUUCAUCUUGUCUGAUGACCAGGAUUUACAGUUCACGUUGGGCGUGACGGAGGAGCAGCAGGACAUGAUCCCACACACCACCAAAUCUCUGCGACAGCGCCGCUGUGGCCACUGUCUGCUGCAGCAGCCGAUGAGAUCAAAGCACUGUCAGACGUGCCAGCACUGCGUGCGGCGGUACGACCAUCACUGCCCCUGGAUCGAGAACUGCGUCGGCGAGAGGAACCACCGCUGGUUUGUGCUUUACCUCGCCGUCCAGCUGCUGGUGCUGCUGUGGGCGCUGCACAUCGCCUGGACGGGUUUCCGGCACGCACCCGGCUGGCAGCUGUGGCUGCGCAGCAACGGCAUGCUGCUGACCGUGGCCGCGCUGGUGGCUCUGCUCUCGCUGAUCGUGCUGCUCCUGCUGGGCUCCCACGUCUACCUGGUGUCGCUCAACACCACCACCUGGGAGUUCAUGUCACGCCACCGCAUCUCCUACCUAAAACACUGCGGCGCCGACGAAAACCCCUUCGACCGCGGCACCUUCGACAACCUGUGGUGUUUCUUCUGCGUGUGGGGCACAGUGGUGUGGGAGCAGGUGUACUUCCGGGAGGGCAGUGACCAGGUGUAGGGUCACACGGCGUUAAAAAGACUGAAGGGCAUUUCGCUCAGCAACAACCUCGAGUUUUCGGGACCACAUAACGUCUGUAGAGGAAUCGUGCUUUUGUUCUUGUCCCACAUAUCCCGUCUUUAGCGUCGCCCCCCCCCCUCAGUGGCCCCUUGGGAGUCCGCAACAGCUUCCCGGCCCUGGUUCAGUUGCUUCCAACCACUCGAGGAUACAGUAGCAUUUCCCUGUGUGACGUUAGGCUCCACUGGAUCCUUUCUGUGAGCAGUGAACACCCCCCCCCCUCUCCCUCCCUGUUCAAUCGUUUUUGAAGUUUACCCUUAAUACAUGUGAAACAUUGCAUAAACAUUCAAUACAAAAAGUGAAUAUACUUCUUUUAGGUGCAUGUGUAGACAAUCCAGGUGUGGUUGCUAUGGUUUCCUGAUUGACAGGUUAAAUAAUUGCUCCAUUUGUUUUGACUUAUUGUGCACAAAGGUGUGACAGGGUCUGCGGGGCAACGGCGUUACGACAAGCCAACGUGUGAAGUCAUUUAUGGAAUAUGAAGGUACCGGUGUUUUUGGCAUUGAAUCCCACCACGAUGUACAGGACACUUCUGCGUUUCAAGCUAUUUUAUAUUGCAUAUUAUUUUGUAAACAAUUUUGAACCCAAAAAUGUCUCUAGAUUUCUAUGACGAUUAACUGGAAGAGCAGUGAAGAGAUCUGUGAGUCCAAUACAUUGGUUGGCUUCUCUGUGUGCAAUAGUUCCCUUGUGAGACAGCAAUAAACGUGUGGAAUGCACAGCAGUCUUCUUGGACAAUAUGCGGACUGCCUCCAGAUUCAUUUUUAGGAAUUCAAGUCCCAUUGUGUAUUUCUGAAUUAUAUGCAAUGCUGUCAUGCACUGUUUUUACUACUUUAAAAUGACUAUACAUCAAUAAAUGUUUUCCCUGGUCA